AUGGCGUUCAACUUCAACUGGUCGCCUUUGAUGGCAGACGCGGGUUUCUACACUCGUGCUCAAGAACUGCUUACAGCUGCCCUCAAUAAAUCCCCGAAACCUCCCAUCAUUGUUGAUGAUAUUAUUGUAACUGAACUCAACUUGGGCUCUAUGCCCCCUGAUCUGGAGAUUUUGGAGAUCGGUGAUUUGGCAGAGGAUCGCUUUCGAGGAAUCUUCAAAAUGUCGUAUUCUGGAGAUGCCUUUUUGACCCUUAAGACCCGAGUCCAAGCCAACCCACUCAACACCUACUUAAUAACUCGCCCUUCUUUCGCCUCACCAAAACCACUGGCAGCCGCUACCCCGCUCACCAUCCCUCUCCAAAUCACCCUCUCGGAUUUCAAGCUUUCCGGCUUCGUCAUACUCGUUUUCUCCAAGCAAAAGGGCAUUACCGUUGUGUUCCGAAAUGAUCCGCUUGAGUCCCUCAAGGUUUCAUCGACCUUCGAUUCUAUCCCAUUCGUGCGCGACUUCCUACAGAAAGCGAUCGAAGCUCAAUUACGCAUCUUGUUCAUGGAUGAGCUUCCCGCGAUCAUUCAUCGGUUGUCGCUUCGUCUAUGGGUUCCGGAAUAUCGCGCAGGGGAGGACGAACAGAACGAGACAGAGAAUACCAACCAAGCGACCAGCGAAGGCCCCGGCCAAGACCCGCUGGCAAGCCCGCCACAGGACCCCGUCGACUCGCUUGGAAAUGCGCUGAAUGAAUCCGAGAUCGCGUCGUUGUCGCUGGACUCCUCAGUCGAGACCCAUUCACUGUUCUCACAGAAGAAUCUUCUCCGCCUUGCCGCUCUCACAGAUUCCCAACGUACCCUGUCGUUAUUUACUCCCUCCAUCAAUGAGGUGGUUUACCGCGCCUGGACAUCCACUUCCGAUCCCAGCGAGUUCCCUGCCAGCGUUAUAUCCCCCUCGAGCCCUGGAUUGUCUAGAGCGCAUUCGCAGGUCGGCAGUACGUCAUCUAUCCACGAGACUGGUAGUACGCUCUCCAUGCAAAGCCGACCCUCUCUAUCCAGCCAUUCGGUCAGCAGCUAUGGCCUUACCUUGGGUGCGGGACGUCACUCCAAGGCCAAUUCUCGAAGACGGAAGAAGCGUGUGGUGGACUUGCGUCGUCCCAAGACGACUGAUGAUGCCAUGAGCGUGAGUGAUGAUGGAAGCCACACCGAGUCUACCAGCCCUCCUUCCAUCGCCUCUGCGCCCUUACCUGUAUUGAACGAGCAAUCCGAUGACCCAGUGACUCCACCGUUGUCUCCCCAGUCCGAAUUCCACCUCCAGCCAAUCCCCGAACGGGAGCGAAUGAGCAUUUCCCGACCAGUGCGCCGGACUAGCGUGGCACAUGAGGAACGGCAUGCUCAUGACACAAUUCGCGCCUCUCAGGUUCCGGACGUGGAUGCUACUCCUCGUCCCUUGCGCGCCAGCUUCCACGACGAAAAGGCCGAAGCUGGACCUUCCUCAGGUGCUGCUCGACACCCUUUGCCCGCCACCGUGCUUCCGUUCACCAAAGAAGACGAGGCGACCAAGGGAGAUUCCGUUGAUCCUCGUCUUGUUGAGCGACUGGCGGGUGAAAUUGCUCGUCGAAUGCGCGAAGACAAGCUUAUGACCAACGCCUGUAGCAACUUCUGGGCUCGCUCUCAGGAUGAUGCACCGCCGGCCUACGGCCAUUAA